AUGGACGUGGACGUGGACGUGGACGUGGACGUGGACGUGGACGACGUGGACGUGGACGUGGACGUGUACGUGGACGUGGAUGUGGACAUGGAGGUGGACAUGGACGUGGACGUGGACGUGGACAUGGACGUGGACAUGGACGUGGACGUGGACGUGGACGUGGAGUGGACGUGGAGUGGACGUGGACGUGGACAUGGACGUGGACGUGGACGUGGACGUGGACGUGGACGUGCACGUGCACGUGGACGUGGACGUGGACGUGGACGUGGACGUGGACGUGGACGUGGAGGACGUGGACGUGGACGUGGACGUGGACGUGGACGUGAACAAGACGUGGACGUGGAGAUGGACGUUGACGUGGACGUGGACGUGGACAUGGACGUGGACGUGGACAUGGACGUGGACGUGGACGUGGACAGGGACGUGGACAUGUACGUGGACGUCGACGUGGAAGAAGACGUGGACGUGGAGAACUUGGACGUGGACAUGGACGUGGACAUGGACGUGGACGUGGAUGUUGACGAAGACAUGGUCGUGGAUGUGGACGUGGACGUGGACGUGGACAUGGACUUAGACGUGGACGUGGACGUGGACGUGGACGUGGACGUGGACGUGGUCGUGGACGUGGACGUGGUCGUGGACAUGGACGUGGACGUGGACAUGGACGUGGACGUGGACGUGGACGUAGACAUGGACGUGGACCUGGACGUGGACGAGGACGUGGACGUGGACAUGGACGUGGACGUGGACGUAGACAGGGACAUGGACUUGGACAUGGACGUGGACGUGGACAUGGACGUGGACGUGGACAUGGACAUGGACAUGGACGUGGACGUGAACGUGGACGUGGACAUAGACGUGGACGUGGACGUGGACAUGGACAUGGACACGCAUUUGCACUCUAAGUUCCCAUACUGA